CCGAGUUAGUUAAUUAAUUAAAUCCACUGGCUUGUAUCGAACAGAAACAUUAUUCCAAUCACAUUUAUCUUGCAGUCUGGGAAAAGGGAUGGCAGGUUUCUCUGGAGCCGUGCUUGAGAAUGAGGGGGUAUCUGAUCACAGACGUAUUACCAACGCAACCAGCUGCCAUUUCAGCCACCGCAGCUCCUACGAGCCCUCCAUUUUUCUCUAAUUCUUAAAAAAAAAGAAAGGAAAGGAAACGGGCUAGAGUAUAUAUUUAUUUUUGGGAUCUGCGCACUUCUUUCUUUCUUUAUUCAGCAUUUAAAGGCCGCUUUUUAAUGGAUGUGUGUAUAUUGAUUCCUUCUGAUUUGUGAUUUGUUUUCAGUUUCACGGUAAUGAAAAUAAAGCCACAAUGGUCCGCAUUGCUAGCGCGCUGGGUGUAGUAAUGCUAAGCGUCGCCUUGAUCAUUUUAUCCUUGAUCAGCUACGUGUCAAUCAAAAGAGAUAACAUCUUCACAACCCCAAAAUAUGCGGGUUCGGGGGCUCCUCGGAUGUACAUGUUUCACGCCGGAUUUCGGUCACAGUUUGCAAUGAAGUUUCUAGAUCCAUCUUUUAUUCCACUUACAAAUGCUUUAAAUGAAGAACUGCAAGAGAAGCCAUCCAAAUGGCAAUUCAACAGGACAGCUUUCUUACAGCAAAGGAAAGAAAUUCUACGCUACAUUGAUGUAGCAAAAAACUUCACCUUGACCAAGAGUGGUGUCCGAGUUGGCCAGCUGAUGCAUUAUGAUUAUUCCAGCCAUAAAUAUGUGUUUUCCAUUAGCAAUAAUUUCAAAUCACUUCUUCCCGAUGCAUCACCUGUAUUAAACAAGCAUUACAAUGUCUGUGCAGUAGUAGGGAACAGUGGCAUACUUACAGGCAGCCAGUGUGGACCAGAAAUAGACAAGUCUGAUUUUAUUUUCCGUUGCAAUUUUGCACCCACCGAGAUUUUUCAAAAAGAUGUUGGAAGAAAGACCAACCUCACGACUUUUAACCCCAGUAUUCUCGAAAAGUACUACAACAAUCUUCUCACAAUCCAGGACCGUAAUAACUUUUUUCUUAGUCUGAAAAAAUUGGAUGGUGCCAUUCUUUGGAUCCCAGCUUUUUUUUUCCACACAUCAGCGACCGUCACCAGAACCCUGGUUGAUUUUUUUGUGGAGCACAAAGGACAAUUAAAAGUGCAAUUGGCUUGGCCUGGAAAUAUAAUGCAGCAUAUUAACAGGUACUGGAAGACUAAGCAUUUAGCUCCUAAACGUCUGAGCACAGGCAUUCUCAUGUACACUUUGGCUUCAGCAAUGUGUGAAGAGAUCCACCUUUAUGGAUUCUGGCCCUUCGGUUGGGAUCCCAACACAGGAAAAGAACUUCCAUAUCACUACUAUGACAAGAAAGGGACCAAAUUCACCACAAAGUGGCAAGAAUCCCAUCAACUUCCAACCGAGUUUAAGCUGCUUUACAAAAUGCACGAGGAAGGGUUGACCAAACUGACUCUUUCACACUGUGCCUAGUAAGUCAAUAUUAUUAAAAGUGCCAAAAUAUCAUUACGUGAUGCCCUACCUGGGUCCAUUGAGGACAUAAUAGUGAUCACAACUCACCUCACAACGUAUCGUGUUACCAGACGCAGUGACUUAGUAUGUGCAAACUGACCAUCAGUCUCGGAAUUACGGUUUCAGUUUUUUUGUUUGCACAUUUAAGGGACCAA